CACCACGUCUCAGGCCAUCGCCRUCGGGAUGAAGAUGAACGCAGACUUCAUCAUGUUGAACCACUUCAGCCAACGUUACCCCAAGAUCCCCAUCCUCAGUGAGGACCUACCCAACCGGGUGGGAGUAUCCUUCGACCACAUGAAGCUUCGCUUUGCAGACUUUAAAACCCUUCCCAAGCUGAUCCCGGCCCUGAAGAGCCUGUUUGCAGAGGAACUGGAGAUGAUGGAGGAGAGGAUAUUGAAGGCAGAACUGAGGUCCAGACGAUGGGAAUCGAAACAGGCCGGCCUGUCUGAGGCCGAGCGAGGAGGAAAGAGAGAACCUGACAAGGUGGUGGCGCCCGGCGAGGACGCCAAGAGACUGAAGCUCAGCUGAUCCCAUAGGAAGUCUGCCUGACUGCAGCUGUUAUUUACAAGAGUUUUAGUUGCUGUUUUUUAUUUAAGUGCAGAAAACAAAAUGAGCUGUGAGGAAAGUUUGUUUUUCAUUAAACAGAACGAAGCAAAACACUGGA